CGCCCCUCCCCGGCUGCAGUCACAGCCCCCUCCAUCUCUCUCCUUCUCAUCCCAGUCCUCUGCCUUGUCUCUCCAUCCCCCGGCACACAGUCAGCCUGCAGCCGGCAUGGCCUCUCUUAGCUUCAAAACCCACCGUCUGGAGCUGCUGGCUGCCUAUCAGGAUGUCAUCCAGGAACAGAACUCCAUAGACUGGGCUCUCUACACAUAUGAGGAUGGCACAGACAAUCUCGUGUUGGCAACAUCAGGGGGUGGAGGUUUGCUUGCCCUUUCCAGCCACUUUGAGAACCAGAAAGUGAUGUAUGGAUUCUGCAGUGUAAAGGAGCCACAUGCAAUGCUUGCUCGAUAUGUUCUCAUAAACUGGGUUGGCGAAGACGUUCCCGAUGCCAGGAAAUGUGCUUGUGCCAGUCAUGUAGCACAAGUUGCAGAUUUUUUCCAGGGGGUUGAUGUCAUAGUGAAUGCAAGCAAUGUGGAGGAUAUAGAUCCUAUGACUAUAGGCCAGCGUCUAACCAACGGUGCUGGGCGUCUUGCUAGCCCAGUCCUGCAGCGGCUGCAGCUCCGGGAAGAGUCUGAUGCUGUGGGAACUAAUUACCAGAAGACAAACGCUGCUGUGGAAAUGAAACGGCUCAAUAGGGAACAGUUCUGGGAGCAAGCAAAAAGAGAGGAAGAAGAAAGGAAGCAGGAGGAGAGGCAGAAAGUUGUAGAGGAGAGGCUUCGCUUUGAGCAAGAGCGUAUGGAACAGGAGCGAAAAGAGCAAGAAGAGCGAGAGAAGCGUUACCAGGAAAGAGAGCAGCAAAUAGAGGAACACAGAAAGAAACUGCAGGAUGAGGAGGCAGAGGAAACAAAAACCCGACUACAGAGCAACUCCAUAUUUAACUGUCUGUUUAUACCCUGCCAGAUGGACCAGAGAGACGAGGAUGAGGCAGCCGAGCAGAAGAGGACAGAAAGUGAAGUAGAGAUUUCUGUUCAACAGGAGGCUGCUGCUAUCAUCGCACAGCGUACAGAGAACCCACGGGAAUUCUUCAAACAACAAGAGAGAGCCUCAUCAGAAGUCAAUAUCUCAUUGCUGGCUCCUCGGACAGCAGUAAGAAGCUCUUCAGAAGCAGGUCCCCCUCGUACUCCGGAAAAAGAACGUCGUAGCAGUCUAGGUGAAGAUUGGAACAAGGCCUUAAAUUCAGACCAGCCAGUCCAAGAUGGUGCAUGGACACCACAGGGGCUCACAGAAGAUGUUUUUAUGGAGAUACGUGAUGAGGAUGCUGGCUUCCCUGAUGCUCCUCAGUUGACUGGGUGUGAAGAUGAAGGAGUUAUGGAAAUGGGGGAGGCCAAUAUGAUGUCAGAUGCCCAUCCGGAGCCACCACAAGAAGCUUCAGACCUGCUUGAUCUAUGGCAAAACAACGAGCCCCAAGAAACUCCCUGGGCAGAUGGAAACUUGAUGACUUCACAAGAGGACACCCAAACAGAACAAAAGCCUUCAGAAACUGAAGCCUGCCCCCAGGUCCCUGAAGAGAACCUCCUGAACUUUGAGGAGCUACCACAACCACCCCCCACAUUCUGUGACAUGGAGGCAGAGGAGGAUCCCCAAAGCAUCAUUCAUAUUGAGGGUCCUCAUCAGAUGACUUUGAGCUAUCAACAUGCACUACAAGAAGCCUCUUGUCACCAGCCAGAGCUCACAGACUCUCUUCUGACAAAUGGUGAAACUUCACAGAGAGAAGGAACUCAGGCAAGUGAAGGAUAUUUUAGCCAAUCUCAAGAUGAGGACUUUGCUCAAACGGAUGAUGUGUCAGCAAAAGCUACUCCACCAGUGUUUUACAACAAACCACCAGAGAUUGAUAUUACGUGUUGGGACUCUGACCCUGUGAUGGAAGAAGAAGAUGAUGAAGAAGGAGGUGGUUUCGGUGAAAGUGCUUAGUAAACUUUGUCUUUAUCACACGUGAUCAAGAAAAAAAUUAUGUGACACAGCCGUGUAACAGCGAAGUAUUGUAGUAAUGGCUGAGGCUUCUGCCCAUGCUGGAGCCACGCUAAUAAGACCCUGCCUGUUUCCCCCCACACACUUUACCGCCAUUUGAGGAUUUGGGGGGUGAGAGACGGGCUGUCACUCCCCUACAUUUUCAGUUAUUCUUUUCUAUAUAUUCUAAUAAACCAGCAUUGCUGGCAUCUCUCUGCUUUGUUUGAUAGGGAGUGCAAUUACCCCUGUAGAUUGAGAGGAACAUGUGCAUCAGAGCCAGGAGCAACAGCCUGAUGCCUGGCUCCAUCAGUAUUACUGGAUGGAUUUUUU